AUGUUUACGAGCUUCUCUUCAGUAAACCAGUGCCUUCAGCAUGAGAUUGGUUUUGGUCUCUAUCAGAAAAAGCUACUCGUUGUAGCUGGAUUCGCUUGGGCAGUAGAUAAUCUAUUGCUACAAGGCGUAGCAGUAAUCCUACCUCAAGUGCAGUCUGACCUGCAUCCGCCUAGGGUGGAGUAUGUAUUACUUGCUCUCUAUUCGGGACUGAUUGUCGGUGCAACAUUCUGGGGCAUUCUUGCUGAUGUGGUAGGUCGGAGGAUUUCAUGGCGGAUUACCUUCUUUAUAUGUGGUGUGUUUGGCGUUGCCUCAGGAGGGACUCACAAUUAUGUUUCGCUUUGUUCGCUUGUGGCUUGCAUUGGCUUCGGUGUCGGCGGAAAGUACCCAGUGACUGGUACUCUAUUCCUAGAGCACCUCCCGCAGUCUCACCAGAGGCUCUUGACAUUCUUAUCUGCUGCCUGGUCCGUUGGCCAGCUAGUUGCCUCCUUGAUCGUGUGGGUAUUUAUUGCCAAUUAUCCGGAAGACAAAAGUUGGAGAUAUUCAUUGGGUUGUUUGGCAUUUGCGAUGUUCUUCUGCUCUUUCAUUCUUAUUCGACUUAAAGAAUCUUCUAAGUUCCUGAUCGCGACCGGUCGAGACGAAGAUGCAAUUAAGGUUUUGGAAUAUAUUGCUAAGCACAAUGGCAAAAGUAUUUCGUUGACAACAGAGAAGUUGGUGGCCAGCUCGGAUGACAUACCGAAGCACCUGCAAGAUACAUCGAUCCAAAAAUCAUUCAAGAGAUCUUUCUCUCAUUUUUCACUGUCGCGCGUUCGUAAACUGUUCUCCACGAAGAGGCUAGCUAUCAAUUCAACACUUAUUAUCCUAAUCUGGGGAAUACUGGGACUUGCAUAUCCGCUCUUUAACGGAUUCCUCCCCCUUUAUCUUUCAGACCGGCUCUCCUCCAGUUCAAACGAUCAAACAUAUCGGGACUAUACUAUUGCCUCAGUUUGCGGUAUCCCCGGCUCUGUCAUUGCAUCCAUUUUUGUUGACUGGACGCGAAGUACUGGGAAGAUCGUAAUUGGAGGGCGAAAAAUGGUGCUUGCUGUCUCUACAAUUCUUACGGGUAUUUUUCUCUUUCUGUUUACUACGGCUAAGAAUGAAGCUUCGAACCUCGGUUAUGCAUGUGCAUCCACUCUGACAUCGAAUGCUAUGUACGGCGUUUUGUAUGCUUACACUCCUGAAGUCUUCCCUGGCCCUCAGCGGGGAACAGGGAAUUCUAUUUGCUCUGCAUUCGGCCGUAUUAUGGGUGUCCUAGCACCAAUCAUCAAAAUUAUUACUACAAACCCUGAUGGUAGUGCUUCCAGCAUCGGACCGAAUGCCCCCUUAUUUGUAUCUGCAUCACUGUUCAUUGUCUCGGCGGUUCUGAUCGUCCUGUUACCAAUUGAGACUGCUGGAAAGGCUGCUCUUUAA